AUGGAGAAGACGAUAUUAAGGGCCUGUAUAUUGUACGACUUCAAAAGAGGUCUGAAAGCGAGUGAAUGUCUCAAAAGUAUCAAUGAAGCCCUUGGAAACGAUGCUGUCACGAGGAGCACCGUUCAUGCGUGGUACAAGAGGUUCAGGGAAGGAGGUGAGUCACUAGAAGACGACGAUCGAGCUGGAAGAUCAUCUAAACUGAGUAAAGAAGUUCUGAAGGCCGCCAUGGAGAAGAAGCCAGAUAUAACAACAAGAGAACUGGCUACAAAGCUACGAGUAAGUCACACUACGGUUGAGAGACAUCUGAGAGCGAUGGGGAGGGUGAAGAAGGACGAUCGGUGAAUCUGGGGGAGGCUACUGGAGGUGACGAUGAGAUGUAUUCGAGUCAUCUGGCGUCGUUGAUAAGAGAAGCCAACAGAGGAAGCGAGGAGAAGCACGGUCGACAGAGUUAUAAACCUAAAUUGAAGGUUCCGACGUGA